GCGAAAUUAAGUAAACUGUUACAUAUUAUACCCAAAAAUUCUUCAUACAGUGGACUACCAGUAAAACUGAUUACAAUUUGGAACCAGAAAUUCUUCAGACACUUUGACCUGACCAUGUUUUGCUGAAGUGUUAUCUGACAUAAUUAAGAUUAUUUUUUUCUGAUAGUUUAACUCUGAGAUUUUGUCGUAUUUGAUUACCUUUUUUUUUUUUUAAGCUAUAGUGAAUAAACUGUAUUAAUGAAUUAAAUGUUCAAGGUGUCUGAAUAAAUUUUGGUUUAUAUAUAAAACAUUUGAUGCUCAAAAUUAUGUUAAUUGUGUUUUUUAUAUUGGCCUAUAAAUUUAUUUCUUGUUUCUGCCUAAAAAAAAGCGGUAGAUGUACCACCAGUAUCUUACUGUAGUAUUAAUUUUUUUUUUUUUUUUUUUUUUUUUUUGGCUGAGCCCACGGCUGAUGCGCACAUCACGUCUACCAAUCAACACGAGGCGUUACGACUGCGCGCUGCACUCUCAGCCACUGAGAGCAGUCAAUGAAUAUUUAUGGCGAGGCUGCUCACUCACCAGCGCUCAAAGUUAGUGGAUUAGCAGUGGGAGGAUGACUGCGUGAUACAACAUCAGCACCUCGUUUGGAUUAAGAUCCAGCGUUUGCGCCAAUUGCCACUUGAAAUCAGCGGUGUGAAGGACAGCGGCGUCAAAAUUGCACUCCAGAAGCGGUAGCGGGUGAAAGACGUGCCCUGCACAUCACUUCAGAGACUUUGCUAUCUCUUUGCCCCUUUUCUUCUAAGAUGCCAAGACUUCCAUCAACAGCAUCACCCUCAGACUACAUCCAAGCGGGCUGCUCGUUUGGAAGGACGCCCGACCGCAGCCGUUCUCAUCUGCAAGUUCAAUCCGAUCAAUUGUGACAAAGGCUGUCAGCGUCGGAAUAAGAAAUCGAUACUCAAGACGUUCUUCUGGAAUUUUAACGAUUUAUUUUCCUCAAGUGAAGCGCGCGUGGAGUGCUCGGGCUCCUCGCACUUUCAGAUGUUUGCAGUGUUGAUGGUGACAGAUUAUUGUUGUUGAGUGUCCAUGCGAGACUUGGGGUGGAAACAUGUCUGGCCACUUCUCUGAGAGGGUCGCUGCUAUCAGAGAUGGCAUUUUGGUCCAGCACUUCGGUUUUUACUUCUAAAGUGCCCCGGAAAAUCUUAUUCAUGUUCACCCUCUCCCUUUCUGUCACCUAUCUGUUCUAUAGCUUGAUGAGCUGUUACAACUCCUUCCAGUUCCAGGAGAACUACGUUUACCAGGGGAGGCUCGUGACAGAGGAAACAACUUUUGUCACGCUGAGGGAGAAACUUUACUCGACCCCUUCCCAGGGUUACCUCGACGAGGAGUUCAUCGAGAGGACGGCGACCGAGCAAACUAUCGCCGUCUCGAGCGUUAGAAAUAGCGUGGGGAUCGACGAAAGGACGGCGGGAUGGGCGCGAGCUCAGGCGGCUACGACCAGCAUGUCGCGCGCUGCCGCCGCUGUUGCUGGAGAGCACGAGCACCCAGAGUUCAGCACCACGGACAGCGAGCUUCGGAGAGUGGUGAACUGCACAUCGGAUUACGGGGAGAAAAAAUUGCCCCAAGCCAUCAUAAUCGGAGUGAAGAAAGGGGGUACAAGGGCUCUGCUGGAAGCUCUGCGGGUUCAUCCCGAUGUUCGAGCCGUUGGGAAUGAGCCUCACUUCUUUGACAGGAACUACGAGAAGGGACUGGAUUGGUACAGGGAGCUGAUGCCGUCUACUCUGGAGGGACAGAUCACAAUGGAGAAGACGCCCAGCUACUUUGUGACAAACAGCGCGCCGAAGCGCAUCCACACGAUGGCGAGAGACAUUAAACUAAUCAUAGUCGUCCGCAAUCCAGUGACCAGAGCCAUUUCGGACUAUACUCAGACUCUUUCCAAGAGGCCCGAGAUCCCCACCUUCGAAGUGCUGGCGUUCAAGAACCGAACGCUGGGCCUGAUCGACGCGUCGUGGAGCGCCUUACGAAUAGGGAUCUACGCACUUCACCUGGAGAGCUGGAUGCAGUAUUUCCCCCUCUCGCAGAUGCACUUUGUCAGCGGAGAGCGGCUUAUCGUUGAUCCGGCCGGCGAGAUGGCAAAGGUGCAGGAUUUCCUGGGACUCAAGCGUAUUGUUACUGACAAACAUUUCUAUUUUAAUAAAACCAAGGGAUUUCCAUGCUUGAAGAAGCCAGAGGACAGCAGUACCCCACGUUGCCUUGGCAAGUCCAAGGGUAGAACUCACCCCAAAAUAGACCCCGAUGUCAUUCGCAGACUGCACAAAUUCUACAAGCCCUUUAACAUGAUGUUCUACCAAAUGACAGGGCAAAACUUUCAGUGGGAACUGGAGGAGGAUGGCAAUUCGCCUGGCUCUCGGGACUAAACCCCUGCUGCUCUCCGCACCACCAGCCUUCUCAUAGCCGAACCCUCAUCAACCCCUCGAUCCGUGCUUCAACACAUCAAUGCUGUCUUUGCGAAAGUGUGUGUACCCAUAGCAAGAGUGCUAAUCUGCUCUGUCAACCCCUAAUACCAAUGGUGUUUAUGAUGGCAAACGUUAUUGUAAAUAUUAUCCCGAACAUAAAUAUAUUUAUAUUUGUCAAGAGAAGAGAAUUUUAUUCAUUUCGUUCAGAAAGAGUUGCUAUACGAAUCAUGUCUUCUAUGAUGAUGCAUGCGAUGAGUUAAGUGUCCUUACCCACCAUCACCCUAAGGGUUUUGUUUUUUUAAUCUCUCUCUCUCUCGCACACCAGCAGUGAGUGCAGUACAAUUGAUAACCAAGGAUAUUUGUGGGUUCUGAAAACUAAAAACAACUACAAUCAAAUGCAGAUCUUAUCAAUACAGUAAUUCUCUCGUAUGAGAAUGUUUCAGCUAUUUCUGCCCAAUUUUAUGCAUUCAAUUUUGUGGCUAAUAAAAAUUCAGACAGUCGGGUCCAAAAGCUUAUACUUCUACAUGCAUAUUUUUAAUUAUAUCAUAUAUUAAAUAUUAUAGUAUGCAUUAUCAGAAUGACAGUUUUACUGCAUAUACUUUACAUUUUUAAAUCUUAAAUCUGGUAAUUUCCAUUUUUAUUUAGAUCUCAGGCUUUUGGACUGUACUGUGUAUUUAAUAAAUUAGCUUGAAGAAAUGCACGAUAUGUGGUGUUUCUUCAGUUUGAUUAAUUGUUCACUUACACUGCUAUUCAAAAGUUUGGGGUUGUUGUAUUGUUUUGGGGAAGAAGUGUCAAAAAUAUAGUAUUAUCAAAAAUACAGAAGUAUCAAAAAUACAGUAUAUGUAUAUAUAUAUAUAUAUAUAUAUAUAUAUAUAUACACACACACAUAAACAAUAAGGUACGAGAGGCUGUGCUGUAUCAUGAAUAAGUCCGCUUUGCGUCGUGCCUAACAACACCCUUCAGCCGUGACUUAUUGACGAUACAGCACUAGCCUCAAGUACCUUGCUGCUUUUAUAAAACGGUUACCACACAAUACAAAUAUUAAAGCCAAAAAUAUGUAUCAAUGCAACUUUCAUGAACUAAACUCUUACUAAAAGCCUUCCUUCCGCCAGAAAAAAAUAGUCCCUGGCCGUGAACAGCAACAGAAGUUACAUUAUUACGCCAUUAGAUGGCGGCAAAGACUGUCUUUAUGAGUGUGUCAGUCAGUAACGAAGACUUUUACAUUGAAAAGACUGAAUUGUUGUGAACACGGAACAAGACACAACUGACAAAUGCUUUGACUAGCGCUGUCAGUCACGGGAAAACCCCUUAACUGUUAAAAGGACAGGAUAAUACAUUGGACAUUUAAACAGAUUUUUUAUUAUGAACAUAGGACUGACCUGAAGGAAAAUGCUAAAUCUGAAUGCAGGUAAUAAACUCGCUCACUCGAUCUUUUUCUCAAAUACUCUUCUACAUAAUACAGUAAGCCACAAUUAACAAUAUCAGUUGAGAACAUACAGUUUACAUUGCUAAGAGUGGUUGCUAAGGGUGUUUGUAGUGAUACACAGAACCGUUGGGUGAAGCAGUCAUAGACGUGUUUUAUCGUGAAUACACAGCUAUUGACCAAUCAGAAUCAAG